ACCAAUCUGAUCCGGGAGCCAUGAAUAAAUUAACCAAAUCCCAUCUGGCCAUGGGUCAGGUGACUCCCCAUGCAACUCUACUUUCGGCUCCUGGCAGCCACGCACGCUUCACCGGCAGCGCUAGGGCGCCUCGCAGUUACUCUGCUCGCUUUCCUUGCUCCUUUCUCUCCAGCUCCCUCGUUAACGUGCUUCGGCUCUCUUUCCUUCUGGAGGAGGGGCGCCAAGAAGCUGUGUGCAUCUGUCACCCCGGCUCUGAUUGGCGCACGGCCAGCGGCAGUGGGAGAAAAAAAAAGGGAAAGAAAGAAAAAAAGAAGAGAUCCUGGCUUAUUUAAGCAAUGAGAAGCUCUGCUUUCCUGUUGUGCAUUGGGAUUGUAUGCUGCAACGCAGCGAGGGAUUUUGCACCGGUUGCAAAGGAAGAACCUCUGAAAGAUGAUGUUCCUGUGCUGCUGAAGAAAGGAAAAGAACUUGCACAGGCUCAAGGAGUACCUGUGAAGUUUAAUCUUCGCUCCUCCACUGCUCCAGAAGAUGAAGGCUGUUCUCUCUCCAUAGGCCAAGACAAAUGUUUAGAGGACUGUAAAUUCAACUUGACAGCUAAAACCUUCUUUAUUAUUCAUGGAUGGACGAUGAGUGGCAUGUUUGAAAGCUGGCUGGGCAGCCUGGUGACUGCUCUUCAGAAGAGAGAGAAGGAUGCUAAUGUGGUGGUAGUGGACUGGCUUCCCCUGGCCCAUCAGCUCUAUACCGAUGCUGUGAACCACACACAGCUGGUUGGAAAAGACAUUGCAAGGCUGCUCAACUGGUUGCAGGAAAAGCAGAACUUUCUGCUUGAGAACGUCCACUUAAUUGGGUACAGUCUUGGUGCCCAUGUUGCUGGGUAUGCUGGUAACUAUACACAUGGGACAAUAGGCAGAAUUACAGGGUUGGAUCCAGCUGGCCCUAUGUUUGAAGGAGCUGAGCCUCAUAAGCGCCUCUCCCCUGAUGAUGCAGACUUUGUGGAUGUUCUUCAUACAUUUACGAAGGAGACGCUGGGUGUCAGCAUUGGGAUCCAAAUGCCUGUGGGUCACAUUGACAUCUAUCCCAAUGGGGGAGAUUUUCAACCUGGGUGUGGAUUAAGUGAUGUUUUGGGAGCAAUUGCAUAUGGGAAUAUUGGGAAUGUUGUUAGAUGCGAACAUGAGCGAUCUGUACACCUCUUCGUGGACUCCCUUGUGAACCAAGAUAAGCAAAGUUUCGCCUUUCAGUGCACUGACUCCAGCCGUUUCAAAAAGGGAAUCUGCCUGAGCUGCCGAAAGAACCGUUGCAACAGCAUUGGCUACAAUGUCAAGAAAAUGAGGAACAAAAGGAACAGCAAGAUGUACUUAAAAACCAGAGCUGACAUGCCUUUCAAAGUUUACCAUUAUCAGAUGAAAAUGCACAUCUUCAGCUACAAAAGUUUAGGAGAAACUGAACUCACAUUCUCAGUUACCCUUCAUGGCACCAAUGGUGAUUCUCAACCUCUCUCUCUGGAAAUACUUGAGCAAAUUGGUGUGAAUUCUACUAAUCCUUUCCUGGUCUAUGCGGAAGAAGACAUUGGUGACCUCUUAAAGAUCAAGCUCACCUGGGAGGGAUCUGCUGUAUCUUGGUAUAGUCUGUGGAGAAAUCUCAGAAGUUACUGGUCCCAACCUGAUACAUCUUCCAAGGAGCUACAGAUCCGACGUAUACGUGUGAAGUCUGGGGAAACGCAACAGAAGUUAACUUUCUGUGCAGAGGAUCUUCAGCUGACGAACAUAUCUCCUGGUAAAGAGCUUUGGUUUGUGAAAUGUAGAGAUGGUUGGCCAACAAAGAACCGAACAAGAUCAGAAAAACCUUCAGUGCAGAAUCAAAGCUGAAGACUUGCACAAAAGGAUCUAACUAUCCAAAACACAGAGAGAAAACUACUGCAGAAGAUUACAUAGGUGAAGAGACAUUUAUGUAAAGUUUGUCUGAGUACCACUUAUUAUUCAGGAUAGAGAACUUGGUCUUGUUGAACAGAUGUAGGCAAUAUUUCUGGUGAGGAGUGAUCCAUAUGCUUUCAGUUGCUGUCCUAAAAUAACUUAUUAAAACUACUAAACUCACCCUAUUUGGGUGAAUCUGGUUUAUGUGCAUUAACCUAAUUUUCCUGAUCUGUGUUGUGCUCUGCAUAGUCUAUUCCUAAUUGUCCCAGUAAACUGGAAAUAUCAACAAAGUUGAGAUAAAUCUGUGCCUUGGUUCUAGUCUGUGUGCCAUGGAAGUCAAUGGAAAAUGAAUUUAUCUGAUUCAAAUAGUUCAUGACUAAGCUACUAAGAAUGCAUAACAGUAUGUAUAGCUUAGGAGAUACUACAGGAUCUUAAAUUGCACUAAAGGAUGUGGAAGAAUGAGUAGACCAAACCAGUGAAGUGUAAGAGACAGAACACAAUAUCAUCUCUGUCCUAACUUCCAUCUUCUCUCCAUCCUGUUCUUUGCUUUUCCCAGAGACCAUUACUGUACCUCUGCUAGAUAUUGUAGUACACAUGACUAAUAAUGUAAAAAAAGUCCAAUACUCCCUCCCCCUCUGUUCUGUAGAGAAAGCAGAUACAGAUAUGUACUGAAGUUAUUGGCAGCUACACUCCGUUAAAACUGUUUCCUGAAACAUCAGUAUUUUAUUUAAACAAGGACUGUCCAGUACUUCCUUCAUGCAGAUCUUAUCUGAAGAAUAUAGAAGGGUGCCAGCCGUUUACUUACUGUAUACUGGGAAGGUAUCAGUACUGCCUCAGGCAAACUUGACAUCAUUCAAUAAUAUGUAUUUUGAGGAUGUGUUCACAUAUGCAAACUCAACUUGAAUGCAGCAAGGCACGUUUUAAGGUUGCACACUCAUGCACUUAACAAGGUUUAGGUACUCAUUUAACCUACAACAUAUAAAUACACUUCCCCUCCACUCCAAAUUGUAAAGAUAUUUUUAUUACAUAAUUCCAGAUAAACUUGUUUUUAUAAUGGAAUUAAUCUAUUCCACUUUUCUGGGAAACUAAUGUUCUGAAUAGUCCAGAUGCUUGUAGGUAGUCAGUCUGCUACUGUACGUGUCUAGGCCAGAGGUGACCUGACUGUUUGUUUUUUCAGGGGUGGGGGCAUUUUAAUAUGUUUGGGAUUACUCUUGGCUUGGAUGUUAAAGUGCAAUGCUUUCUAUACACACACCAAAGCAGCAAUGCUGCCUGAUGCAUUGAGUUAUGAAGACCAUCAUCAUCCAGGUCUCUUGCUGAAAGGGUCAACAAAGGUAUUUCAGUCUGGCUUCUUUCUUAGUGUUUCAUUCCAACCGAAGUUAAAAUAACCAUACUCAUUUGGAGAACAGCAUGAUGUUUGUCUUGGUUAUGUACAGUCUUCAAUAAUUGAAGCCUCUGGUAACUAUCUGUGAUUUGUCACCAUGCCAUAUAUUUAUACAUGGUCUUGAAGCCCUAUUUGUAUAUUAUGGUUUUUGUAUGACUUGGAAUGCUAUUUAUUUCUCAAAUGUACAUAUGUAAGUUUAAACCUUGUUUGGAGUAACAGUUUUUAUAAACUUUAAGCAAAAAAUAAACAAGUCUCUUGUAGAAA